GUUGACAAACAUGCAUGUAGUUUUUUUUAAUCUGUUUGCUGAUUUUAAUGGUGCUGUCUUAAACAAAGUAAAGAAAGAGUUUGAUAUGAUAUAGUGUAGGUUAAAAAAAAAAAUAGAGUGGUGUAGCUAGAUUGCAUUUCCCGCCAAACUAGAAGGGGAGCGCGAAACUCAUUACUUCAUUUUUUUCAUUUUUUCCAUGUUGCUUCUUCUUCUACAUUCUAAACCUAAACCUUCGAAUCGGAAGAAAAUGAAGGGUGGCACGGUUCAGAUUGUCUGGCACGAGAGAAAACCUGUCUUAACCCUCGAUUUUCACCCUCUCUCCGCCACUCUCGCCACCGCCGGCGCCGAUUUCGACAUCAAGUUUUGGUCGAUAAAGCCCUCGGGCACGGAGAAGCUCCCCUUAGUUUCCUAUCUCAGUAACCUCACUUAUCAUAGCUCUGCAGUGAAUGUUAUUCGCUUCUCAUCUUCUGGGGAAUUGCUGGCCUCUGGUGCUGAUGGAGGGGACCUGAUAAUAUGGAAGCUAAAUUCUUCCGAUACUGGUCAGACAUGGAAGGUUAUGAAGAUGUUACGAUCUCAUCUCAAGGACAUUUUGGACCUGCAAUGGUCUUCCGAUGCCAAAUAUAUCAUAUCUGGAUCAGUUGAUAAUUGUUGCAUUAUAUGGGAUGUUAACAAAGGAACUAACCUUCAGACGUUGGAUGCCCAUGCGCACUAUGUUCAGGGGGUUGCAUGGGACCCUCUAGGGAAAUAUGCUUCUUCUCUUAGUUCUGAUAGGACUUGCAGAAUUUACAUGAAUAAGCCUCAUAAAUCAAAAGGCACUGAAAAAGUUAAUUAUGUUUGCCAGCAAGUCAUUUCUAAGGCAGAUCAGCCAUUAUUUAAAAAUUCUCAGGAUACAAAAAUUCACCUCUUCCACGACGAGACAUUGCCAUCUUUUUUCAGAAGAUUAGCAUGGUCUCCUGAUGGUUCAUUUUUAGUUGUGCCUGCAGGUUCUUACAAAACUAAUACUGCAUCUGAGGCUGUGAAUGCGGCUUACAUAAUUUCUCGAAAAGAUCUUUCUAGGCCUGCUAGACUGCUCCCCAGCACAAAUAAAGCUGUUGUAGCGGUCCGGUUCUGUCCCAUAAUUUUUAAACUUCGGGGAACGAACUCUCUCGACUCAGUUGGGGUAUUCAACCUCCCAUAUCGCAUCAUAUUUGCCCUAGCCACUUUGAAUUCGCUGUACAUUUAUGACACCGAGAGCAUAUCUCCGUUAGCUGUAUUAGCUGGUCUUCACUAUGCCGCAAUAACAGAUAUUACCUGGUCAUCUGAUGCUCGUUAUCUGGCAUUGUCAUCACAAGAUGGUUUCUGCUCUUUGGUAGAAUUUGAAAAUGACGAACUUGGAUCACCUUACUCUUUAUCUGAAGGAAAAGUCGAGGAGGAUAGUAAGAGUACUGUACAGACAGGCAAUAACACUGCCACUGUACCAACUGGGAAUUUUGGUGCAGUUCUAUCAGAGAGCAAGGACAUGGAAUUAGAAGCGCGGGCUGGUGCGUCUGGGAAUAUAGGUGCUGCAAUAUCAGAAAACCAGAGCACUGUUACCCAAGAGAAGCCUGACAACAUGGUCAUCGAGGCAACUGGGAAUGUUGAAGGGGUUAUAGCCAAUAGUAGGAAAAAUGAAGCAGAAGAGAAAACCGAUGACAUGGUUAUUGAAACAACUGGAAGAAUUGGUGCUGCUGAAUUAGAUAGAAAAAGAAAAGCUGAACCAGAAGAUAAUGCAGCGAAACAGCCAUGGAAUUUGGGUACAGUUAGUUUUGGAGCUCAAGACAAGGCUGGGCAACAAUUGUCCAGUUCGAAGAGUACACCCUUGUCUAAUAAGCCAGCCAGGAAGCGUAUUACUCCAAUUGCCCUUGAUCCAUGAUUUUUCAAUUGCUGAGAAAUUCCAUCCAUGUCCGUCUUUGUACAUCUUUUUGUGCGCCAUUUAUUCGGAAGUCACACGUUUCCCCUUCGUCGUUUUCAUUGUUUUUGACCUAUUCUGUAAUAUAGGUUCCAAUAUCAUAGUGAAAACAAUCUUCAUCUGGAGACUUCUCUGGACCUCUUUUUCUUCUCUUGUCCCAUCAUCAAUGGUCGAAAGAUUAAAUAAGUGCAGGAAUGGCAAAGGAAAUUAAUUGCGAAGUCAGGGUAGAUGCGAAAGACAAGCAUGACAUAUCGGUUACAUGUAUUUAUAGAUCAGGGAUGUGUUUUAUUUGCUUAUUUUCGAUAGGUACACUUAACUGCAUAAUUUUCUCAGCUUAAAAGAAAAUUUUUUCUUCCGUAA